GACUCGUAGGACAUCAGAAGCAAAGUCCUAUUGAUGGAGAACGUCACAGCUCAGCGUGUGACAGAGUUUACAUUAACAGGCUCGGACCACCUGCCUAACCAGCGGUUGCUGGGAACUCUGAUCCUCGUUACUUAUCUCUUCAUACUGCUUGGCAGCAGUGCCAACAUAUGUGUGGUGGCAUCAGACAGGCGCCUGUUCACGCCAAUGUACAUAUUCAUCUGCAACCUGGCAGCGGUGGACAUCACUUUCACCACCAGCGCUGGCACCACAUUGAUCGGACUGCUGCUUUUGGGCAUCCGGAACAUCUCGUACCAGGAGUGCAUCUCACGCAUGUUCAUCUACCACAUGGGUGACAUCUGCCUGAGUCUCACCCUCACCCUGAUGGCGGUGGAUCGCGUGGUGGCCAUCAGCAGCCCCCUGCACUACCACAGCAUCCUCACCAACGGGCGGACCCUUGCCUUGAUUGCUUUUACUUGGCUGCUCGCGAUUGUGAUCAUGGGCCUGUUGGUGAGGAUUGUUACCAGCCUCCCCUACUGCCAGCCUCUGCUCAGGUACAGCUUCUGCGACUAUGCAACGCUGGUCCGGGCGGCCUGUGUUGAUCCAGAACCCUACUUCAUCUACACCACCAUUCUGGUCACCUGGCUGAUUAGCGUGCACCUGCCUCUAAUCCUGGCCACGUAUGUGAAGAUCAUCUAUACCGUGCUCAGGCUGUCAAAAAAUGAGAGCCGCAAGCAAAUGGUCAACACGUGUGUCAGCCAUGUCAUCGUGGUCACCUGCUACUUCCUGCCCAAGUUCAUCGUCAUCUUGCUGACAAGGGUGGGUGUCACGCUGAACCUGACAGAACGUAACGCUCUGCUCAUAGUCUCCACGCUGAUCCCGUCCUUCAUGAAUCCCACUGUCUAUUGCCUCAGGACAAAAGAAAUAAGGACCCGACUCAUUAAAAUACUGACAAGAAACCGUGUGAAUGCAAUAAAAUGAAGUGUCAUUGACAUAUUCUCCGUAGUUUGGAGUUUAUGUGUUUAGGAGUAAAUCCAUCUUUAAAAAAUUUCAGCUGGUUUAUUUUCCUGUUUACAGAUAAAUUGCAAACUGUGAUUAUUUGCCUGUUCCCUGUGGGGUCGGUGUGGGUGCCACACCGCUUUAUUAUUUGCUGAUUGAGAGGUCGUCCCAAAAACCGGCACCCACACCGGCCCUCCCGGUUCCCCACCCCUGGGGUAGGCCAUGCUCCUGCUCCCUCACUCAUCCCUGGACUGACCAGCAUAAUUAAAUCCAAACUUCAUGGGUAAAGCAAAGCACAAUAAUAAGAUUAAAUACCCGUUUAAAAAUAAUGGCAAUGCAUUUGUGUUCAUCUUCUGCACACAAGAAACAUAAUAAUGCAGAGA